GUCGGCAGCGAGAAACUCGAUUUAGGGAUUGAAGAGCUGUGGCGGCAAGAUGCUGAUAACAUGGCACAUCUGCUCAAGCGAGGCUUGACUUUGGGGCAAGACCUUGUCGAGGCCCUGAUGAGCCCGGAUUUCAACCCGCGGUUCUCGGCGCCGGGUACGGAUCAGGACAUGGCAAUAGAGGGUAUGGCUAUCGAGUUUUUCAACGAGUACAGCGGGAUGGAGGAGGAGACGUGGGGACAGGCAGCGAGACGGCAAGUGAUGCAGUGGUCCAGGUUGCUGACCGAUGUCCCGGCUGAUGCUCACUGAUUUUCUCGGUUUCAUAUAUGUGGA